CGCCUCAUCUUCCCUCUCGGCUCCGGGGCGGGAAGCGGGCGCCGCAAGAGGGAGGCGGAGGCAGCGCCCGAGUUUCCCCUCCGCCGCUUCCCCGGUCCCUGCCAUGAGCUGAGAGACUUGCCGGGCUCUGGCAUCGAAGCUCCCGCGGGAACCUCGCCGCAAUGCCGGGCGAGCGGCAGGUGCAGGAGAAAGUGCUUCAGUACGAAGCUUUCGUCAGUGAUGUUUUGCAGAGGGAUCUCCAGAAGGUUCUGCAGCAGCGGGAUCAGGUCUAUGAAAAGAUGGCUCAGUACCUGCAGCUCAAGAAUAUUAUUGAGCGGUUGCAGGAGACAGGAAGCCAGGAGCUGACAACUCAAGUGGAUCUAGGCUGCAAUUUCUAUGUCAAUGCAGAAGUGCCUGAUGCCUCCACCAUAUUUGUAGCACUGGGUUAUGGGUUCUUUGUGGAGUUGACUCUUCCUGAGGCGCUUGCCUUCAUUGAGAAGAAGAACAAGCUACUAACAGAGCUCAGUGAAGCCCUUACCAAAGACUCUGCCAAGAUCAAAGCCAAUAUUCGGAUGGUUUUAGAGGGCUUGCAUGAACUCCAAGGUCUCCAAGAUUUGCCUGAGGAGACCAGAAGGGACAUCUUCCUUUAGGCGCCAGCCCUUCCUAGAGGGGACAUUUUCAAUGUGAUAUGCUGGAAGAAGAGUUAGUCUCUUGGGCAUUUUGGUGGUGGCAGCAGGAACUGCGUUUGUAACUGAGGAAACCCUUAUGAGUUAGUUGGGUAGGGUGAAUGUACUUACAGGGACAGCAGAUUGCAGAGUUUGAGAGAGAACAGUUUCUCUUGGGGUGGUUGAUUUCACUGCUCCAAAUAUUCAACCCUUCUCUGCCUCUGUUUUCCCAGGAACUGUGUCUUCGUAUAAGUUCGUCUCAAUUUGCAAAAGUAAUAAAUAAAGAUGAUUAUUCCA